GCGGGGAGUGGCCGGCCAAGUGGGCAGCUGGACUCUGGAUAAAAAAUACCCCGAUCUGGUCACGCUAGGGCCAGCAGAGGGUGGAGUCUAGACAGGGGUUGGGGGCUCCCUCUCCCCCAUCGUGCUGGGUGCUGCGCAGACCCUGCCCGGGGUUGGGGGUCCCCCGCCGUGCCGGGCGCUGUACAGACGGCUCCUGCCCGCUAGCUAGGCAGGGGAAAGUCUGGGAAGGGCUGUGGAGGCGCUGAGAGGGUUGGCUUGGUUGAGGUUAGGUGGCAGGUCAGUGCAGAACCGGGGUUUAGUCAGGCCUGGAGGGGGAGCAGAGACAGGUGCCUAGGGGAGGAUGCUCCCUACACCAUGUUCCCUCCCCUCCAGUUCCCCCAUAUCCUGUCUCUGUCAGGGGCCAGUACCAGAUGCUGCUGGGGAAAAGGGGCAAGGAAUUGUGAUGGGAUGACUUGUCUCCUCUUAGCCACCAUUCACAAGAGGUCGGCUUGUGUGGGGGGCUUGCUUUUCAGUUCUGAAGACUUGUUAGAAUUGCCCCACCCUGGAUUUUAAUCCUGCCUCAGUGUCACCUUAUGGCAAUGAGUUUCACAGGCUCUGCGUUUUGUCUCCCUGUGUGACCCCAGGCUGUUGGCUUCAUCUCCCUGGGAUUCAUACAUCAGCAGAAGGGCCUGGUGUCAUGAAGCUCCAGGAUCGGUGCUAUGCCCCAGUUUUUAGACAGUGGGCUGGCACCCCCACUGGUCCUGCUCUGGAUAUGGGUCAGUUUCAACCAGUCCAGACCCCUUCAUUCUACUCCAGGCUCUUACAUGAUACAUGUUUCUAGCUCUGAUCCAAGAGCAAUGUGUUAACCCUUUCACCCCCCACUGGGUAGCAGUGCAAAGUAUGGAGAGAAACUGAGGCACACAUAGGCAUCAAAUUCCUGCUUUGUCACACCUGGUUUGGUGGGAUCUCCAUUGUCCUCUGUCCCGUGCUGGCUCAGACCUGGGAAACUCUGGUAGCUUUAUCCUCUCCCGGCUGCUGCAGGGUUCAACAGCUUGUUCGGCAAAGGAGGAACUGAGGCCUAGAGAAAUGAACAACCUGGAGUUCAGAGGUGCUUGCAGGCAGCCUCACCCACAGCACAGCUGGGACCCCCCUUUGCGGGGAUACCUUGUCAGCGUGAUCUCAGCAGGAAAGUGGGUCGGUGUUGCAGGCUUGGAGCUGAGGGGAAGAGAGACUCCCACUUUCUGUCCAGCUUCAUCCCUGGCAACCUGCGCUCAGCUCCAGAAAGCACGGCUCAUUUGGUUGGAAAGGCAGCGAGCCUGCAGCAGUCCGAGUGGGUAAUCAAACCGCAGAUUCGAACUGCUUGGCAGGGUUCUGAGCCAGUUCCAUAGGUUCCUGCCCCCUCAGUAUCAGUUGUGACCGUUUCACGGCAUCGGUGGAAGAGAGUUGAUCUUGGGUAGACAGGCAGGCUUUGUAUCUUGCAACAGAGACCUCCAGCUGGGCUGUAUAUUGGCAAGCAGGGUGUAGAGAGCCGGGUACCCAGGGUGUGUGUGUGCGCAUGCUGAGAAGAGGAGCUGUGUGUAUGUGCCACACCAUGGUCAGUGCAAUGAUACCCGACCUUCAGGCUAGUUGCAGAGGGACGUGGGCAUCGUCUCAGGAUUCCUGCAAUAGAAAUAAUCAAUAACGACUGUUGGCACAUGAGGAGACCAGCCCCUGUAUGUAGCUCAGGGCAAAGCAAUCCAGGCCCUGGAGGAAUCAAUCUGCGUGGGGGGGAUGUUUUGGGGUUGUGGGUGGAGCUUGGUUAGUGCCCUCCCCCACCCAAUCGGACUCCUCCUCUCACUGCCCAAGAGCCCAGCAAGUUCGCAGGUGUGCAGUGAAGGUAGAAUCUGUAGCCUGGGGGGGCUGAGUCUACAGUUCAGAGCUCGCUACUGCUACUUGCUGGGAUGAAUUAAAUAAAUCGCAGCCUAUGUUGUGUGGGGCAGCAUGGUUGCAAAGCUGGCUCAAGAGGGGUGGGGCCUUUCCCCUCUUGGGGUUGCUGGGUCGGAUCCAGCCCCAGGGCAAUGGGACUGGCUGGUUGCUACCCUUAUGUUACUUGCUGCUAAGGGAAGAAUUGUGUGUGUUACUCUGGGAUUGCAUGCAUCCUGUGCUCGUUAGGUUUGGGAAGUUGGUCAGCUGGCCACCUGUUGGAACACGAUCUAAUCUGGUUUGAUAGUGAGUGAGAAAGCCGGGAUGUAGCUGGCGUCCUACCUCUUUGGUUGGAUCAUGGUGCCAUUUAUUUAUUUUUAGAACUUCAUUUUGGUGUGUCGCAUUGUUUAAAGUUAAAAUAACUCAGGAAACUCUGUACGGCGAAGUCUCGCAGAAAGUCUUACUCUGGUCUUUUCCUGUUGCUACUGCUGUGAGAUAUUAGUGCUCUGAACUAUUUGCCUGGGAUGUGACCUGUCUCCUGCAUGGAACCAGACUGAGGGAUGAAUUCUGAGCUGCUAAGGCUGGUGUGGGGGGGUUCAGGGCUCGUGGACACGGUUGGUGGCAGUGCUGUGUGGUGAGUGCCCACCGAAGAGCCUGGCCUGUUUCAAAGCACUGACCCGCUGCAGGAGGAAAUGGAGUAUGAACGGAGAGGUGGCCGUGGGGACCGGACGGGCCGAUAUGGCGCUGCUGACCGGUCCCAGGACGACAGCAUGGAUGGGCGGACCCAGCGAGACCAUGACUACCGGGACAUGGAUUACCGCUCGUACCCCCGCGACUUCAGCAGCCACGAGGCCGCUAAUGAGUAUGACUCAUCCGAAGAGCAGAGCGCCGAGGAUUCCUACGAGGCCUCCUCAGGGUCGGAGACUCAGCGCAAGCGGGACAGCCCCACCGAGCCCCUGGGUUACCCCGGUGAUGGGGACUACCGCGACCAGGACUACCGGCCCGAGCCAGAGGAGGAGCAGAAGGCCAGCAGCAUCGUCAUGCUGAGGAUGCUGCCCCAGUCCGCCUCCGAGAACGACAUCCGGGCCCAGCUGCAGGCUCACGGGAUCCAGCCCCGCGAGGUGCGACUGAUGCGGAACAAAGCCUCAGGUCAGAGCCGCGGCUUCGCCUUCGUCGAGUUUAAUCACUUGCAGGACGCUACCCGAUGGAUGGAAGCCAAUCAGCACUCCCUCAGCAUCCUGGGCCAGAAAGUCUCCAUGCACUACAGCGACCCCAAGCCCAAGAUCAAUGAGGACUGGCUCUGCAGCAAGUGUGGAGUGCAGAAUUUCAAACGAAGGGAGAAAUGCUUUAAAUGUGGCGUUCCCAAAUCAGAGGCCGAGCAGAAGCUGCCCCCAGGGAGUCGGCUAGACCAGCUGGUGGCGCUGUCGGGCCGGGAGCUGAGUCAAGGCCUGCUGCCCCUGCCGCAGCCUUACCAGGCCUCGGUGCUGUCAGCAACACAGCCCCUGGCCCAGGUGUCGGAGCCCUGUGCUGAGAAUGCCAACGACACCAUCAUCCUGCGGAACCUGAACCCGCACAGCACCCUGGAGUCGAUCCUGGCGGCCCUGGCGCCCUACGCGGUGCUGUCCGCCUCCAACGUCCGCGUCAUCAAAGACAAGCAGACCCAGCUCAACCGCGGCUUCGCCUUCAUCCAGCUGGCUACCAUCGUGGAGGCAGCCCAGCUGUUGCAGAUCCUGCAGGCCCUCCACCCCCCGCUGCACAUUGACGGCAAGACCAUCAACGUGGAGUUUGCCAAGGGCUCCAAGCGGGACAUGGGCUCCUCCGACAGUAACCGAAUCAGCGCCGCCUCUGUCGCCAGCACUGCGAUCGCUGCGGCCCAGUGGGCCAUCUCCCAGGCAUCACAGGGCAGUGAGGGGGCCUGGGCAGCCUCGGAGGAGCAGCCAGCCGACUAUGCCUACUACCAGCAGGAGGAGGUGUACGGCGCGGAGCCGGCCCUCUACUCCCACGCCUACCUGAAGGGCUCCCCGGCCCAGCCCGGCGCCAACGGGGAGGCCGCCGCCACAGGGGUGGAGCCAACCCUAGAGCCUGGCGUGCCGGGUGUCGACCCGCUGCCCGUCCUCCAGAGCUUCCCCCACGCCGCCCAGACCACCGCCGUGCCCGUCGUGUACCAGCCGCCCAGUGGGGCCGAGACUGCAGGCACCACACCGGGCACUGCUGCCACUGCCCAGAGCCAGCCCUACACCAUCGUGUCCCCGGCCGUGCUGAAGCCGGAGACGCCGAGCCCAGCCCAGCAGAGCAGCGCCGCCCUCCCUGCGCCCAGCACCGGCCUGCCCCUGCCCACCCCCCCACCGCAGGAGCCCUACAGCCAGUACCCCGUCCCAGACGUAUCCACCUACCAGUAUGACGAAACCUCCGGCUAUUACUACGACCCGCUGACCGGUCUCUAUUACGACCCCAACUCCCAGUACUACUACAAUGCACAGAGCCAGCAGUACCUGUACUGGGACGGCGAGCGCAGGACUUACGUGCCGGCCUCUGACCAGGGCGCCGACGCCCACAAGGAGGGCUCUGGGGGCAGCGGCAAGGAGGGCAAGGAGAAGAAGGAGAAACACAAGACUAAAACAGCUCAACAGAUUGCCAAGGACAUGGAGCGCUGGGCCCGCAGCCUCAACAAACAGAAGGAGAACUUCAAGAACAGCUUCCAGCCGAUCAGCUCGCUGCGGGAGGACGAGAGGCGCGAGUCGGCCACGGCCGACGCCGGCUACGCCAUCCUGGAGAAGAAGGGGGCACUGGCAGAGAGGCAGCACACGCCCAUGGAUCUGUCCAAGCUGGCCAGCGAUGACAGGCUGAGCCCGCCACGGGGGCUGGUGGCCGCGUACAGUGGGGAGAGUGACAGCGAGGAGGAGCCGGAGCGGACGUCCGACCGGGAGGAGAAACUCACGGACUGGCACAAACUGGCCUGUCUGCUCUGCCGCCGGCAGUUCCCCAGCAAGGAGGCGCUGAUCCGCCACCAGCAGCUCUCCGGGCUGCACAAGCAAAACCUGGAGAUUCACCGCCGCGCCCACCUGUCUGAGCAGGAGCUGGAGGCGUUGGAGAAGAAUGACAUGGAGAUGAAGUACCGGGACCGCGCGGCUGAGCGCAGGGAGAAGUACGGCGUCCCCGAGCCCCCGGAGCCCAAGAAGAGGAAGUACUCCACUGUGAUGCCUGCCACUGUAGACUUUGAGCAGCCGACGCGGGACGGGCUGGGCAGCGAUAACAUUGGGAGCCGCAUGCUGCAGGCCAUGGGCUGGAAGGAGGGCAGUGGGCUGGGCCGCAAGAAGCAAGGCAUCGUGACCCCCAUUGAGGCACAGACCCGAGUGCGCGGCUCCGGCCUGGGUGCCCGUGGCAGCUCCUACGGGGUCUCGGCCGUCGAGUCGUACCGCGAGACGCUGCACAAGACCAUGCUGACCCGCUUCAAUGAGGCUGAGUGAGGCCCUGCCCCGGAGCCUCCCCCUGCGGGGGGGCCUAUGAACUUUUUUUUAAUUAAAGGAGAAAAAUGACUGUG